UAAAACCUUCAGUAGAGUACGGAGUGACAAUGAAGGCCUUUAUCGUUCUAGCACUGUGCGUGGUGUCCGCGUUUGCCGGUCCCGAAGAGGAUCUCUGGCAGAAAUACAACAAGCUUCGCCCUGCCGGUUUGGAAGGAUACGAAGUACCAACGUACGAGGGAAGAAUUGUAGGAGGAAAUGAAGUCGGAAUUGCAGCCUUCCCAUACCAAUUGUCGCUUCGUCACAAUGGCAACCACAUCUGUGGUGCAUCCGUCAUUUCCGGCACAUGGGCCUUAUCCGCUGCUCACUGUACCGUAGCUCCAGUUAGCGCUGGAAGUGCUUCUCUGCGUGGAGGAAGCGCUAGCCGUCUCUCCGGAGGAGUGAUCUUUGCUGUGGCUCAAAUCGUUAAUCAUCCUCAAUACAAUAGCAACACCCUUAAUAACGAUGUUUCGGUUCUGCGAACAACCACAUCGUUUACUGGAGCUAACAUCUCUCCAAUCACUAUUGUCCCGAGUGGAACCAACUUUGCUGGUGGUACCCGCUCCGUUGUUUCUGGAUGGGGUCUGACUGUUCCUGGAGGAUCUCUCCCAACCAACUUGCGUGCUGUUGACAUCCCCGUCGUAACUAUCGCCACUUGUCGCAGCCAGUGGGGAACCGCAGCUAUUUCUGACAACAUGGUUUGCGCCGGAGAACCAGGACGUGACUCGUGCAACGGAGACAGUGGUGGUCCACUCGUUACUGGAGGACGCCAGUUCGGUAUUGUUUCGUGGGGUGCAGUCCAGUGCGGUGGAUCCUUGGCUGGAGUCUACGCUAACAUUGGUGCUGCUAGUGUACGCAACUUUAUCAGCGCGAACACUGGUGUAUAAAAUAGUAAAUUGAUCAAUAUAUUAAUUGCUAUGAAUGAAAUUCUUAA